CCGGUGAACUUUGCCACUUGAGUAAAGGAGAUGAAAACAAGUUCGUCAUCUCUUGUUUCGUUGAAAAAGUUUCGAAUACAACAAUACAAAUGACGAAAUCUUUCGUAACAGGAUGCUUUUAUACUUUCUAUCUAUCGUCGCGUUGUGUACCUGUCUUAUAACGAUAUUAAUUUUGAAAUUUACAUCACUGAAGCAGUUGAACAGUAGCAGUCAACAUCAGCAGGGAGUUAUUCUAUUAUCCUCUGUUGAGUUUUUAAAGUUGCUGAAGAAGUCAAAGCCAUUUCCUGUUGGUCAUGUAAAGAAUUGGUGGAUACUGUCAUGUCACAGUGGCAGUAGGGUAUGGACCAGGAAAUUAACAACUAGUGGGGGUCAAGAGGUCAAUGUCAUUGCCAGCUUUAUCCACCUCCCUUCCCCUGCUCAGGUUGUACAUCAUACUCUGAAGGAUGUUUCAAAGACUGCGGAGUGGAAGCCAGGUGUGGAGACUGCUACAUUUAAAGCUUCUGAACGGUCCACUCCUCGUAGAUCUUCCUCUUGGAUGGACACAAAUGUGGGGGUGGAUCAAGUGUUAGAAAUUGCAGUGGAUCCAGUCUUCCAGGAGAGCAAUAUCAUACAGAUGUAUGAAAGAUUACUAACAAGACACUGGUUUCGAGAGGAAAAUGGAUGUUGUUGGAUUCUAGAGUCGGAUAUAGAGAAGCAUGAUCAUAUGUUUUACCUUUUACAACCUCUAGAGGAUGUGGAUACAUCAUUACUUACCAUUCUAAGUUGUUCAACUAGUGCUACCUUGUGCUCAACAGUAGAAAAGAUGGUAUCCAGCUAUCUUCACUCACUGAGAAACUACAUCUUCCAUAGGAAAUUAAGGGCAACGCCAUUUGUUGACCUUAAAAUACCCAGCAAGCACCACACCUAUCGUGGAUUUGAGACUUUGUCCUCCAGUGAUGAUGAAGAAGAAAGUAAUGUUUUCCAACAGAAAUUUUUCCAGCUCCACCCAGAAGAGAGGUCAGCUGUGAUACAAAAGUCGGAGUCCAUUUUGAAACUAUCACCCGUCAAGGCAUGUUGCAGACAGCGAACAUUUUCUGACAAUAUGAGCAUAAAGGAAAUGUCCGGCAGUGAUAAGUCACGUCCAAGGUCACAGACUCACCCCCACUCAAGUAAUUCAGCACAGGAGGUUCAUUCCAAAGACAAUAAUAAUGUCACCAAAUCAGUUAAAGACGCUGAUAAUAUCUCCAAAUCGACUUCCAGUGAAUUGGUGCUAAAUGACAAUGGUGCUAUUGUAACAAAUACUAGAAACAAGACAGAGACCCCAGAACUAUUGAUCCAGAAUCACACUACCCCAGUGACCGCGGAGGAGGGGGACGAGUUAGACAGCGAGAGUUCAGAGCUCAGUGAAUCAUCCAGUCAUCAGGAGGAACAACUGAACACAGAUCAUGAUGAAAAGCGUGCUAGAGAAGUGGCAAAGAACACAACAUUGGCCAACCAAGUGGCAGCCGAAUUACUGGCUCUGGUCCAUAGAGUCUCAAACUUAGAUCUGAAGGCGUCUCCACAGCAACAGCAAGACUCAACAGGAGGCUGGAUGUUUUGUGGCUUCGAGAGUGACGUGGUGAUCAUCAAACGUCAAUUUCACAACAUUAACUUGUCGGGAAGCUACAUCGGAAAGGGCAUUAUCCAGACUUCCCCACAAGCUGUGAUGGACGCGGUGAAGAAUCCCAGGACCCGAUACACAUACGAUGACAGCUUAAAGAGAGUGGAUAUUUUGCAGCAUGUCACUGAAAAGAUUAAGAUAGUUUACUACAGUAACGAGGUGCUACACAAAUUUAAGAAAUAUAAUUACGACUGGUGUGUGAUCCAAAGCGAGAGACAGGAUGGAGAAAAGCUGGUGUUAUCUAUGGAGUCGGUGGAAACUGACCUCCCUAUCCCCGCCGGGGUCAACAGAAUUAAGAUUCUUCCCAGUGGUUGGAUUAUAGAGCCAGUUAUAAGGGACAACAAAACGGUUUCCUUGGUGACAUAUGUCAUGCAGAUGAACUAUGGACUGUGUUCUGAUGGAGCUGAAGAUAAAGUCCUCAUUGAUGAAAUGGUAUCAAAACAGCCUCUCAGUAUUGCCUACCUUCGGCAGUAUCUCCGCCCGCCACUCGCAACAGCUCGCAGGAUCUCUCCAACCAGGCUCACUCACUCCAAGAAAACAUUGUAAUGAUGGUGUUCUAGUCUUUAGUUCUUUAUUUUAUACUGAUUGUUCAUAGAUGUGUUCAUGCAGCUAGUAUUUUACCGGUAUGUGUUAUCGGCUGCCAGAUGGUGCCAAAAUAUUUAUUGUUACCAUGGAAAUAUUAAAGAAAAUGACAAGAUGUGGAGAAAGUGACCUGAGAAUUAGGGUAGUCACUGGCAUUGUGGCCAGAUUAUUAACAAGACAGUGGAAAUUUUUUUUUAUACAGACAAGAAGUUGAUAGAAAUUAUAUUACAUGGACAAGUCCACAAUUUCAAAGGUGUUUUGAACAUAUGAUGCUGGCACUUGAAUGGGUGUGUAGUGUCUGUUUAUUGUUUUACAGGGGGGGGGGGGGGGGUGCUACCUUGUUGUUCAUAGCACAGGAACUUUAAUUCUAUAAACAUUUAUUAUGGUAUUUCAGAACAUCAACAUUUUGUAGUGUAUGUACACUGUAGAUGAUGAAAAAUGUCUAAAACAUCAAAUUGUUAAAAAUAGGCAAUAUAACUACGUAUGGUACUGCAGCCAUGUAAUGCCAAAUUGUUAAUGUCCAUAAUACAUGCCAGGCAUAGAGUAGCAAUACAAAUUUUGUGUUGAUAUACGAACCGUAUAUGCAUGUUUAUUUGUACGUUUCUUCAGAGACACUAAUGCUUAAAAUCACAUAAGAAUAUUUUGUUGUAUCUCUAGGCACCUGAUCCCUCCUCUGGUAUAUUAUAUCCAGGGGUCCAUGUUGCCCAACUCUCUAUUUUGUAUUCCUGAUAGGAGUUUUGAGAUUGAUCACUGUUCGUUAUCGUCACCUUUCCAUCUUCAUCAUGUGUAUCUUCACCUUUCCAUCUUUAUCAUGUGUAUCUUCCCCUUUCCAUCUUUAUCAUGUGUAUGCAUUGACAGACGGAUUAGGAUUUGAAACUUUAGAUAUCAUUAAUUCUCAUUCAAGAUCUUCCAGAAUUUUCAGAAUUUUUUCUCAACAAUUCAAAAAGAUACGUUUAAAUUAAUAAUAUUUUCUGUAAUAUGUCACAUGAUUUUUAUUAGCAUGAUCUUCAGUAUAGAAGUACGAAGUGAACUUUUCCUGUGCUGUUAAUCAGUAGGUUUCAUUUAGGUUUCCAUAGAAAUAGAAUCAUGGGGAAAUAAUGAAAAUUGUAAAGGAAAAUCCUGAUUGUUGAGGUCAUUAUAGGUAGACUUUUAUAAUGAUACAAAGGCAAGAAAAGUUCAUUUGUGGUGCAUUAAAAUUAAUUUGAUUAGAUAUUACAAAAGAACUAUAACAGAUGUAAUUGUACUCACUAACAUAACCCAUAAUGCUCCAUUUAAAUCUCAUUUUACUUCUUAUGAAUUUUGCAAAUAUCUGAUACUCUCUACGUGCUGAAAACAUUUGGUAUAAGAUUUAAUGGGUAAUAAUUUUCAUAUUAAACGAGAAAAAGAGGUUGGUGUGAAAACCUUAAGAAAUAGCAUUAAUAGACUGACCCAGUGUAACGCAGUAGGUGGGACAUGUGCUUUUUAAAUAUAUGGGAAGUUUUUAAUUUAUUUCAUUUUUUUUUAAUGUAUUGUGAAUUAGUGAAUUUGAUUACAUGUAUUAUAUCUCUAGUUUUAGCGGAUUUCAUUAGGUCUAUUAUGUAGCUAGUCUUAUUAUAUUAAUGUACGUAUACUUCUUCCAUAUUGUUGUUUUGAGAAAGAAUCACAGGCCAGUUUGUAGGAGAUGGGUGUACAGUCCGUGUUAGUUUACAGUCUUUCCUCCAGUUUCAUACUUAGAUGAGUCAGGUUUCCAUUGAAUGCUGUGAUAAAUAGUAAGUGCUUUAUUAUCGGGCUGUAGGCUGACCCACAGAGUCCAUCCUUGUUUCAUGUUUUAUCAUAACCGCAUGUUGUCUACUCAACAUCUCUGGCGACAUCCACAAGGUUUUAAGCACAACAUUCUUAUAUUCAUGAACACGAGCUCUUUAUGUCAAUGAUAGAAGUGCAUAUGACUGCUCUUUUGUGAAUAUUACUUUACGCAAAUUAUUUUACUAGUGGCGAUUCAUAAAUAAAAAGUUGUGUGCAGUUUCUUUUUUAAAUGGUGCAUUUCGAUCAAAAUAGAAAAGGACUGGUUUGUUGAAUUAAUAACUUACCCUCCACACAAAUAUAUAGAUAUGAUAUUUUGGUGUAAUUUGGUUGUAAUAAGUAAAAAUAUAAAAUUCCUUAAAAAUAUAUAUAUGAAAUAAAGGACUUGUAAAAUUUCUAUGAUGUUCAAAUGUUGGAAUAUAUUACACCUACCUCUUAUAUAACUCUAUACAAAUUCUACCUACUAUUUAGACUUGAUUGAGAAAUCUUGGGAAUAAAUUACAUUCAGUAAGGUAAAUGGUAUUCAUUUUACUUAUAUAAAUACAUGUAUAUAUUUAGUGUACAUUUUAGAAGUUUGUUUGUAGCAAGUAUCAUUAAAUCAAAACACCUCUUUAGUUACUAGUAUGAGGUCAGGUUUUGUACCAGCGAUUUUUGUGGAAAAUCUUAGAUAGUACUGUGAUCUCUGUAUAAAGAAUUUCGAAGUUGAAGAAAAUUAUACAUUUCUUUGAAUGAGAGUCAGUUGCUUUAUUAUCAUUGUUCAUCAACAUCAUCAUGUUGGUAUACAACUAGAAUUUUUUUUUUUUUCAAAUACAUGUGUCCAAUAAUACUCAUAAUGUACUUAUGCCACUUGAUGCUAGGCCAGUGCUACUAAAAAAACAGUCCAGAUUUAUUGUAACUUAUUUUCAUUUUAGCCCACCCAGUAUUAUUUUUUCUACAAAGUAUAUCUUGAUUUCAAUUCAGUCCUCUACAUGUUGUGUUCACAUACAGUAGGUGGUUUGUUUUGGGGGGUUUUUUUGUUUGUUUUUUUGCACCCUGGAGUUGUACAUUGAAAAAAAUAGAAUCAUGGUGAUCAAAUGUUGGCUAGUUUAAUUUGUUGUUUGGUUGUUUUGGGGUGUUUUUUUUUUUCAGUAUUUAGUGUGAACUCGUAGCAGUCUGGUCAUUAGAUAUAAAAUAUACCACUAAUGUGUUGGUAUGUAGCGUAGAUAAUAUACAUUGUAUAUAUACUGCAUCAGUUUUGUGUAAAUAUGAUGGGCAUUGUAUAUAUUGUAACAGUUUUGUGUAAAAAUGAUCCACAUAUACAUUGUAUAAAAAUGAUGUACAUAGUAUAUAUUAUAUCCGUUUAGUGUAAAAAUUGACGUACAGUUAUUGUAUCAGUUUAGUGUAAAAAUUGACGUACAAUUGUUCAUGUACAUUGUAUUGCAGUAGUUAGUACAAAUAUGAUAUACAUUGUGUGUAUAUAUAUAGUUAGUGUACAUUGUGUAUAUAUAUAGUUAGUAUAGAUAUUGUUUAUAGUAGUCAAUCUGUACAUUGUAUAUAUAUAUAUAUAUAUAUAUAUUAGUAGUUGAUUUUUGUUAUGCUAUUUUACAUUCAGUUUGUUACAUUUGCAAAUUCUUUAUGACAAACUUUUGAUGACAAAUUCUUGAUAUUUUUAUGAUUGUAAUCUCCAAACCUCAGAUUCGUUUUAGUGGUAUUCAUUUAUUUAUUGAAGCUUUCUAAAGAAGGGUAACAUUUUAAAAAAUUCAGGAAAUUCAAGAAUAAUUAAUUAUGCAUGCAGUAUAUCAGAGUGCGCAUUUCAUUAUUUAUCAAAGCUUGUAUGUGUAUCAAUAUUUUUACAUAUAUUAUCUCAUGUUUAAAACAUUUUCUUGUAUGGUGGGGAUAUUUAAACCGGUGAAUAUUCCUAAAUAUCAUUUCCCUUAUUUGACCAGUGAUUAAUUCGUGGGUAAACAUUGUUUGAACUAGGAGGGAUUUCUAUAACUAUUCCGAAUUUAAAGAUUAUCAUGUAUUUGUGCAAAUAUGACGAGCUCUAGUCUACUUCAACUAUUUACUUCAAAAUUGAGCUCUCCCCAAACAAACUGUAAUGUAGCACAUCAACAAGCUGUGGAAAAUUUGAUUUCCGUUUGUCUGAGGUAUUUUUAUGCCUACACUGUAGUACUGCUUAAUGUACACUGUAAUAAUAACAUGUAAGGAAUAGCUGUCUAGUUGUUGGGGUUUUUUAUCACAUGGUAAUUUGCAUAAAAGACAAUGGCAUUCAUGCAUAAAAUUACCAUGCAUUCAGAUUGAUAUAUUUGCAUCAUAAACCAAAACAAAAAAGGCCAGACAGUUUUUGUACCUUAUUACUGAUUUAUAUACCCCUAUAACUAUAAAAAAUAACUGGAAAUAGUAAUAUUUUAUUGUAUUUUCAUUCAAAGAUAAGAAUUAUGUAUAUGCAGGCCUUGCCAGGCACCCCAAAUGACAUGUAUAUGUUAUUUGUUGAAACAUGUAUUUUAUUUAUGGUAAAUAGACAAACACAUUGGUAUUUUACACCUCAAAUCAAAAUAAAUUAUAAAUUCAUAUAACGCAUUGCUACUCAAACAACUAUGCUUCACAAUUUCACCACAUGCAUCUGACAGGUUUUCAAAAAAAUUUCACGUCAUUUUUUCACUAGUUUUAAGGUGUGUGAUCCAUGGAAACAAAAAUGCAAUACUUAUUUCGUUAUUUUAUCACAAAUAAAGACUGUAUGAUGUAAAAAUUAAUGAUACAUUACAGUUAGCUUAUAGUUUUUUUAUCAUGUACUUGUAGCUUGAUUGUAGCCUGAAUACUUGGGACUGUUAUAUGUUUGCUGUGUACGACUCUGAAUGUGUGCGGAAAAUACUCGUGUAACAAUUCUGUGGAAGAUUUCCGAGUUACUGCCAGUUUUAAGCAAUAAAUUAGAUAUUUCGCUCAUGUAAGCCAUUGCUUUAAGUUUUCAGUUCUUGUUUUGUUAAGUCAUUGCUGUUAAGUUCCUGUGUACAAAUAAUUAGUCACAGCUGCUGACAUCUUGGGUAUCAGGUUGCUCAAAUUAUUAAUUAAAGCAAAUGUAAAGGAAUUUUCA